AUGUUUAGAAAGAAAUUCACGCGAGGAGCUUCCGCCAACGAUAUCCGUCCUGCGUUCGAUGAGCACUUCUGGAGUUGGUAUGUCGAUAGCUACUCGAGGAAUAGCAGCGAGAGCAGCAGCGGCAAGCUGUCUUCUGUGGUUACGGCAUUGCCGCACAACUCUAAGAAAUACAACGGUAGUUCGACAUCAGUUAUUACAGUCAGGCGAUUCUUUGAACAGUUGAAGUUGGAUAUCCCCUCGAACAACGAGAUAAUUGCCCUCCUCAAGUCUCCCUUCACACAAGGAGACAUCACCAAGACUUUUCAAUUGAUUCGAUUUUUCCAAUUGAGCUCCCAAGGCUUAUUUAUUACCAACGAAAAUAGAGACAAAUUCGGCUUGAACAUCCAGUAUGUCGGAGCAGAGAACUGGGAGAAUGUCAUGUGCUACUUGGAUGCUCUUUUGUUUGCCAUGUUUGCCAACUUGGAGUCUUUUGAACCAAUCUUGUUCGUUUCAAAUAACCCCGAUAGAAGUGACCAGUACUUGGUGAAUCAGUUAUCCGGGUUGCUCAGAGUUUAUGUCAAUAUGUUGAGAUCGGGGAAUUUGAUAACCACCGACUUAACCAUGAGAUUAUGUGAAGUGUUAAUGAAAUUAGGAUUCUUAGAAGCAAUGAGCCACAAGCAGCAGGACUGCGCAUCCUUGUUUGAAUUCUUGACCGAGAUACUAUCGAUGCCUUUGUUGACGUUCAAAAUCGAUAUUAAGCAUGGGGGGAAGUUUAAUAAGGAAGAUGACGAGAAGUAUUCUAGAGAGAGAAUUCUUUUCGUAAGCAUACCCAAUGAAGAAGAGAGGGAGAAAUUCAGAGAAAUUGGGAAACAGAAAGAAGAGAGUGAGCCUGCCAGUGGUACUGGAGAUACAAAUUUUCCUUACUCAAAGGAUACGUCACCUAACGAUGCCUACGAUGACUCCAUUCUUUUAGAAGAGUGUCUUGAGCAUUACUUCAAUAAUUCUAUAUCCGUCAAAAGGGAAUUAGAGAGAAGAGCAACACUAGAAUCAUUGCGUUUCGACUCUAAGGUUUCUUCUUCGCCAAUUCCGGAAAAUUCAAGUACAUCAUUCGAGAAAGAUGCACCAGGGGCGGAUGUAUUUGAAGUAGCUCCAAGUAUUAGUAAUGCUAGAAGCAGCAACGCCUCAACUUUAGCUGAGCGUCGCCAAUCUAAUAGAAUUCCAGCCGUAAGGACGAGGUCGUCCACAUUAUCUAUUUGGUCCUUGAAUGAAGUAGAAUCACCUAAUUCGACCGGAACGGGAACUUCUAUUUCAAGUAAGACGAGGUCAAGACGUAACUCUGUUGCUAACAAGGAGGUCAGUUUGCCUGCCUGGAUGUUUUUAAGACUUUUACCAUUCUAUACCGAUGACAAUGAAAUUAAUAACCUCAACGGCAAGGCUCAUUCAAUAGCAAAGAAUUCCAAAGAAUUUGUUAAUAGAAGACCAAUUUUACCAAUAUGUCUCAAACGUUACGCAUACAGCGAUUCUACAGCUACAAAGGCUAAGAGAAGAAUUAUUAUUCCACCAAUCAUUAACUUACCUAAUUUUGUAGCAGAUGAAGAAGAGGAGGAAGUUGACGGAGUAACUGGUAGUUUCAAGCUUAUUUUGGAAAGUGCGGUUUGCCAUAGAGGUACGUCUAUAAGCCUGGGUCAUUUCGUAUCAGUGAUACGUAAAAACACGAACAACUUACAAGAGACUGAUGAAGAGGCUAUCAACGCUACUUGGUAUUUGUACGACGAUCUCGGAAAAAAGGGCAGAGUCGUAGAGAAGCAAUUUAAAGAAAUAUUUGAAAAGGAAUGGCCGUACAUGCUUUUUUACAGAUUGGUAUCAAAUGAAGAAUGUGGAACAGAGAGUAAUAAUUCGUCACUUCACAAUUUAGUCUUACCACCACAGGGGUACAAUAAGAAUAAAUAUUGGAAAGAUGACGUUGCUCCAACCGCACUUUCCCCAAUUGUAUCCAAUACCAAUAGUAACGAAGACAUAAACUCUUUAAGCAAAACUAAUAGUGAGCUGUCUACGAAUUCAUCUAUACCAAUUAUCCCUGACAUCUUACCCGUUGACUCUAAGUAUGUUGACAUCAGGAACAAGUACUUUUGGUACGUUAUAGACAAUGAAAAAAAUUAUUAUAAAGAAAUCUCGGUGCCAUCUAGAGCGGGAACUAGAGAACCAAGUGUCACCAUAAGUCCACAAUUCAGAAGAAAUAGUCAAUGGAGUGAUUCAAGCACUGCUUCUGUGGGCGUUGGUCGUCCAGAAGAUCAGGGAGCAGUUGAAGAAUUACAUUCUCAAACUCAAAACUUAAAUAUUGCUAAUGUUUCCUCGCUUACAAGUUCGACUGGUACAGCUACCCCUGGCUCUCCCACAGUAGCACCAGGCAAAUGGAGACUAGGAGGUAAAUCCAAAUCAAAGAAAGAAAAGAGCCCAUCAGUUUCGCCACUGCAAGAACCAGUGCUCAGUUUAGACCAAACGAUCUCCCCUAUAGCAUUAGAACAACAGAAGCAGCAUGCUCAUAUAAAGCAUGGAGCUUACAGUAAGAAGAAUAAGAAGAAGGGUGACGAGUAUAGAAAGGAGAAAUGCACAAUAAUGUAG